AUGUUUUCCAAAGGUUUGAUGCAGAGACAAGCUCUUAGAACGCUUCACCAGACUGGUAAGAAGUCUUUGACGAUUCCAUUUUUGUCGACGCUGCCUCAGAAUCCUGGUGGUGUGAAAGGGGAUGUGAACGAGGCGUACCAGCCUCCAUCCCCUAGCAGAAUCCAUGGGUCCUUACACUGGGAUUUCCAACGUGUCACUUCGGUCGCUUUGUUGCCUCUUGUAGGCAGCAGUUUGGCUGCUGGUGGAGACGUCAGCGUGGUGGCCGAUUCGGUCUUGGCCACGGUGUUGUUGGGUCACAUUUACGUGGGUUACCAAUCUUGCAUUGUCGACUACAUUCCAGCCAGAGUGUACGGCAAAAACCACAACUAUGCCAUGUACUUGUUGACCCUUGGGUCUCUGUUUGCUCUGGGUGGUAUCUACAAGCUGGAGACCGAGGAAGAUGGUCUCACAGGCGUGGUCAAAAAGCUGUGGACUGCGAAAAGCGCUACCGAGGAAAAACAGUAA